CUGGCAUUAGUGUUCUUAGUGUCAGUCUCAUGUGAAUGUGUGUCUUAUUUAUCUGUUCUGGGACCUAGAGCUUUCACUUUUUGGAGUUUUCGUUUCUCCAUCUGCAGGAAGGGGUAACAGUGGCUGACAGGCUUAUUGGUUUCGGGAGAGCAUGAUGUCAAACAUCUGGCAUGUAAUGGGGACCCUCCACCAUGCAGACUCCCUCUGCUCUGGAUUUUCGGAAGUCCCCAUGAGGCCAUCCAGCACAGCUCUGCAACUUGGCAUGUAGCGCUGGCCUGACAGGCAUCAGUGGGCCACCUUGCACUGUGCCUUAAAUCCCAGAUUGCAAGCUGACAGGCUGCAGCUGCUGCCGUGUUCAGCCUCCAGCUCUUCCUGAAUGUCUGACUCCUCAUUUCUGUGGUCUCUUCAAGACCCAGGCCCUCAAGGUACGUGACAGCCAUGCCGGUGGACACGCUGACCCCAGGAGCCCCAGCCACUCCUGCCCUUCCUUUCCGCCUGCAGACCAAGGUCCCCGGCUACCUGCUACGGAGGCCAUCAGAUGGUGGAGCCCGGAAACCCAGUGCUGUGGAGCGCCUGGAGGCAGACAAAGCUAAAUAUGUCAAGAGCCUACACGUGGCUAACACCCGCCAGGAGCCUGUACAGCCUCUGCUGACUAAACAGCCUCUCUUUAGCCCAGGCACUCGCCGAACGGUUCUCACACCCAGCCGCAGAGUCCUGCCUGGUCCUGGCUGCCGGCCCCACUUAGAUCUGGACAUCCUUAGCAGCCUUAUCAACUUGUGUGAUAGCCCAGUGUCGGCUGCUGAGGCCAACCGCACCCUGGGACAGGCAGAGGGAACCCCCCAGCGACCCCCAUCCACCACUCCUCGCCCACUGCCCAGUACCACUGCUGUCCGACGAGUGGAUGUUCGUCCCCCACCUGUCUCACCUGCUGGACUCUGCCCAUCACCAGGCACAACUGUCACCUCCAGCCCAGUCCGGCCACCAGGUCUGCAGCGUUCCAAGUCGGACCUGAGCGAGCGCUUCUCCCGGGCAGCGGCUGACCUUGAACGCUUUUUUAAUUUCUGUGGCCUGGAUCCGGAGGAGGCACAGGGGCUGGGGGUGGCCCACCUGGCUCGGGCCAGCUCUGACAUCAUGUCCCUGGCAGGGCCCAGUGCUGAGCUAGGCAGCUCUGAAGGGGGCUGCUCUGCCCGCAGCUCUACGACAGUGGAGGAGCGCACCCGGGAGCGGGUCCCCUAUGGUGUGUCCGUGGUGGAGCGAAAUGCCCGCGUGAUCAAGUGGCUGUUUGGCUUGCGGCAGGCACGGGAGACCCCUGCAGCCGAGGGCUAGGCCUCUAUUUGACAUGGAAUUCGCAACAGGACAGAUCUUGGAGAGGCAGCUGGCCCCUGACCACUCCUGCAGCAUUCCAUGUCUGGACAGACCAGAGACGGUCCCUGUGUGAACUUGGUAUAGCAGCAAAGGCUGACACCUAGGUCAAGAAUGGAGAGGGUUACUCCUGACCUUGGACCGUUCUGCCCCCACACAAGGUUUCUGGCAUGAGUGAACCCCUACUUGUCUCUUCUGGUGAGGCUGGAUUUGGGGCGUUUAGUCCUUUACCAUUGAGAGUAAGGGGCCUGGGGAGCUACAAAGCCUGUCUACCCAGUGGCUCCAUUUCCUUCUUCCUUCCUUGGUCUCUGUCCUUUGGUGACUUCCUUUUCCUUACUAAGUUGGGCCCUGCCUCCUGGAAACUACCCCUGGGGUGAAGGCAGGGGAAGGAGCCUGGCUAUUGCUCUUCCUGAUUUUUGGCAGCUGGUUUAGGUGGGUAGAGAACAGGAGGGACUGGCUAGGAGUGUGUACCACUCUGUCCUUCCUCCCUUGUUAAUAAAUGCAAAUGCUUUUUUUCAAGGGCUGGGCCUUCAGAUUCUUCUGUGUUUACAAGGAAGAAGGAGGUGGGAGAAGACUUGGAAUGGGGCAUUUGGAAUUGAAUAAUUGCUUAGCCUACGGUCUGGUGGGUUAGGAGGUCAGCCACAGGCCUGAGAUCUACCUAUGACAGGGGCUCUAACUCUUCUGAGAGGCUGGCUCUUUCAUAGAGGAGGAAACUGGGUCCUGCUACAGGGAGUGGGGACAGAGCUGGGCCCAGAGCUGGGGUCCUCCUUCGUAUCAGGAAGGAGGCAUGCAGAGGCAAGACUGUCAACCAUGCACUGAUCUCUCCAAUCCCCAGCCUUGAAAGUUCCACCCUUCCCCACCCCUGCCUAGUUCCCAAGUGGGCAGGAAGCUUAGAAAGGACAAACCCUGAACUUGAGGGCACAGUAGGGUGGGAAGCGGGAGCUGUGAAGGAAGAGGAACCUGGUAAGGAUGGCACAGAGAGAGUGGCCUUGUCUUUAACCCUGGGAGAUCCUGGAAAAGUCUGGCUCCCUCCUGGGCCUUGGGGUAGUUGCUGGUACAUCCUCCAUGGGUUGGGACACCCUCGGCCCUCCAUGCUAUGUUUCAGAGUCUGGAAGGAGGUAGGACAGAGCUGAGAGGUCUUUUCUUCUCACUCAGAUUAGUUACACUAGUGGGCAGCUAGAGCUGGAAUGGACAAAAAAGGGAACAGCCUGGGUGGCCUGUCUCACCCACCUCUCCCCAGGGUGGCAGUGGGAGUGCUGGUGGUGUUUCCUCUGUGGACUGUAGCACUCAGAAACAGGAAGUGCUAAUGGAGGUCUGCUGACAGGUUUGAUGUAGGUUUUAUUUUAAGCAUAAAGAGGAGAUUUCCGUUGGGCUGUUGACAAAUAUCCAGAUCAGCCCAGCUGUCUGUCUGUCUCUCCAGACCUGGCCUUCUGGGGCCUGGGAAAAUUACAGAGAGGAGAAAUUGCGUAGCAGAGAUGAGCUCAUGAGGAUGGGCUUAGCCCUCUUUGUGAUGAUGGAGAGGCUGAAGCACAAGGAGGGCUGUGACCUGCCGGGGGAUGUCCCUCAGCAUUGACAGUGCAGGAGCUGGAUCUUCUGGUCCUGUGCUGAGGAGUGAUGGGAAUGGGGAAUAAUCUGGGUCACUCUGCAGACAUGCUGCCCCUGGAAGUGUCAGAGACUACACACUGGGCAACCCCACUGGACUCUGCUUCCUUGCCCCUUGCUAUGAUCUGCACCCCCUGCUCCCCCUGAAUGGGGUGGGCCGGCUGCCUUCUGCAUGUGAAGAAACUGAGGUUGCAGUCUCAGGCCUCAGGGGAAGGACACCUUGAACCUGCAGGAGGUGUUGAUGCUGGGCUCACUCUUUUACUGAGUCCUCAGGGUGCCCUUUGGACUGUCGGGCAUAUUGUCUUACAACUUGGGGUAAGGGUGACUUAUGGGCUGUCACACAGCAGGUCUGCAAAACAGUGGGAGGCCACCCCCUGGUCUGUCAGGACCCCCAUCCCAAACAAACAAACAGCAGCAAUGCUGGAGUUCCAGUUUUCUUCAGCAUCCCAGAAGCCUGUCCUGCUGGCCAUUGGAUUAAACACUUCCUGGGUGCCCAAUCUUGGAGAGGACAGACACAGUCCUGCCCUGGUCCAGGGCAAGAGAAGGGGUGACAGAAUAGCAGGCCUGUCACUCCCACAGUAGGAAGCAGAUGUGUUCAGGGACUUCUGUCUUAUGCGACAGCUGCUAGGUGGGGCUGGGGUGGGCUGGAAGGACUUCGGAGUCUAAGCAGGACAGCUAGGAAGGUUCUUAGAAGGGAUGGUGGUGCCUGACUGAGCCUUGAUUUCUCCAACAGUACUGUCUGGUCCCGGGAAUGCUUGCCUCUUCUGGGGUCCAGAGCCUCCCAGCCUGCAAUCCAGGGAUCCAUGGAGAAGGCAGGCUGGGUGCCCCUCCUAUUCCCCCACCACACUGGGGUCUCUGCAGAAACAGCCCCUCUAUUGUUCCACUUUCAGUUGGAGUGUGAGCCGCCCUCCAAGGCCUGCAGCUGCUGCCUCAUCUCCUGAGACCAUGGGGCCUCAGAGCAGCUCCCGCAGGCCUGGCUGGCCCCAGCUGCUUGGCCCCUAAUUAGCCAGAGAUGAGAUCUGCUCCUGAUGUACUUCCCACCAGCUAAUUAUAUACAUGCGGAGUGCAAGGCAGGCAACCUGGCUGCUCACUUCUGGCGUGGAGGUGGGAUGGGUUUCUGGGAAAGGACCCCCUCAGUUCGCCCUUCAGAUAGAAGUGGAGUAGAUGGUUAUGUUUCUGAUACUGAGGCCUUCCUGGGGAGUGGGGUGACUGGUGAACUCAGAAGGAAUGGUUUAACCUGUGGAAUGAGUGUGUGCAUGCGUGCGUGUGCCCCCAUCCUGCCUGACAUACCAGACACAAGGAGCAGAAAAGGGCAGUGAGUUAGGCUAAGGGUCCCUGGGCUCUGGAGUUCUGGGUAGAACGGGACACAGGUGAGGGUGUGGUGACAGCUGCCCUCUGUGGGUGACUUAAAGCUGUGGGUUCAGCCAGGCCCAAGACAGAAUGCUCCACCCAGGUACUGAGCAAUGGUGUCAUUUUCCAAGUACUGCCCUUAACUAUUUCAGAAAUUUCAAACAAAGAAAAGUUGGUAGAAUUGUACUGUAAGCAAUCAUAACACCUAUCUACUAAUGCAUAACUAAUAUUUUGCUGUAUUUUCUCUAUCAAAGAUGUGCGCAUUUAUGCAGCCUUCUGCCCAUCCCUUAAUGCAACUCAUUUAUUUUUAGGCUUAUCAGAGCAAGCUGUGAGCAUCAGUGUGCUGUUCCCAUGGCAUUUCCACAUACAUAUUAUUAGCUAGGGUUCAAUAUUUAUUUGUGCUUCUUUUUUUGCUGAAGGUAAAGUUUGUAUACAGUGAAAUGUUUAGCCUUAAAGGUAUCACAUGCUGAUUUCAGACAAGUGUACACUGCACCCCAGUCCCCACUCAGGAUAUGAAACAUCAUUGUUGCCAUGGAAAGUUCUGUGUUGUCCUCCCCUGCUGGUUCCUGCCUCUCCCUGGCAGAUAUGUGUACAGAUUUAAGUAAAUUAAAGAGUAUUAAUAAAAACAUUCCUUCACCCCCAUCAUUUCCCUCUGUUUUGCAACCCAAAGGCGGCUGCCUCCGACUCUGUAUUUACUCUGGUACUUUCCUCCAUAUUUCUAAAUAGUGUUUCUUGCUGCUGAUUAAACUCAGUCAAAUACUGACACACUUUCUGGUCCAGUGUCCUCAGUGUCACUACUGCAGCCUGACUCUGACAGCCCUGCCUUUCUAGCCGUGUGAAUUUGGGCAAAUGACUUAGUUGUCUUUGUGCCUCAGCUUUUUCAUUUAUAAGCCAGAAUUAUGGGACUGUUUAGGCUAUUGCAUUGUUAAGAGUCUGAGGUGUGAAGCACUUAACGUAGCACACAACCUUUUUAUUAUUAUCAAGGAGGAUUGGGGCUGGGGAGAUAGCUCAGUAGAAUAAGUGCUUGCCUGGCAAGCGCAAGGGCCUGAGUUCAAUGCCCGGUUCUGCCAAAAAAUAAAAAUUUUGAAAAAAGGAAGACUGAGAUCUUACCCCUCCUCCUACAUUCUACAUGUAAUGUGAUUUUUCAUUAAAUGAAUGUAUAAUGUUA